GGCUCUCCGGUGGCUGGCGUAGCGCUUCCUUAAGGCUAAGAGGACAGCAGACUCGGGCUUCCCCAAAGGCACCUGUUGUUGCAGCAUUUAUUUGGAUGCUAUGGCCAAGGUCUUCGUUGAAAAGCGUUAACUGAUGUGUGCUUUCUGUCUUUGUCAUCCUUUCUUUAGGACGGGUUACAGUGACCCGGCCCGGUGAAGAUCUCUGGAAACGAUGACCAAGAAAAGAAUUGCUGUGAUUGGUGCAGGUGUGAGCGGGCUCUCGUCUAUCAAGUGCUGCCUGGAAGAAGGCUUGGAGCCCAUCUGCUUUGAAAGGACUGAUGACAUCGGAGGGCUCUGGAGGUUCCAGGAAAAUCCUGAAGAAGGAAGGGCCAGUAUUUACAAAUCAGUGAUCAUCAACACUUCUAAGGAGAUGAUGUGCUUCAGUGACUAUCCCAUCCCAGAUCAUUAUCCCAACUUCAUGCAUAACUCUCAGAUCAUGGAGUAUUUCAGGAUGUAUGCCAAAGAAUUUGACCUUCUAAAGUAUAUUCGAUUGAAGACCACUGUGUGCAGUGUGAAGAAGCAACCUGAUUUCUCCACUUCAGGCCAAUGGGAGGUGGUCACGGAAUCUGAAGGGAAAAAGGAGGUGAAUGUCUUCGAUGGAGUCAUGGUUUGCACUGGCCAUCACACCAAUGCUAACUUACCCUUGGAAAGCUUCCCUGGAAUUGAGAAGUUCAAAGGACAGUACUUCCAUAGUCGAAACUAUAAGAACCCAGAGAGUUUCACUGGAAAGAGAGUCAUUGUAAUUGGCAUUGGGAAUUCUGGAGGGGAUCUUGCUGUGGAGAUUAGCCAUACAGCCAAGCAGGUAUUCCUCAGCACCAGGAGAGGGGCUUGGAUCCUGAAUCGUGUAGGAGACAAUGGCCUUCCUUUUGAUGUGUUGUUCCUUUCUCGACUUAAACGUUUUUUGGCAAAGAUUUGUGGUGAAUCAUUAGUAAACACAUAUAUGGAAAAAAAGGUGAACCAAAGGUUUGACCAUGAAAUGUAUGGCCUAAAGCCUAAACACAGACCUCUGAAUCAGCAUCCAACAGUAAAUGAUGACCUGCCAAAUCGUAUAAUUUCUGGCUUGGUGAAGGUGAAAGGAAAUGUGAAGGAAUUCACAGAAACAGCUGCCAUAUUUGAAGAUGGCUCCAGGGAGGAUGACAUUGAUGCUGUUAUCUUUGCCACAGGCUAUAGCUUUGCCUUUCCUUUUCUUGAAGAGUCUGUCAAAGUAGUCAAAAACAAGAUAUCCCUGUAUAAAAAGGUCUUCCCUCCUAACCUGGAAAAGCCAACUCUUGCAUUCAUAGGCUUGAUCCAACCCUUGGGUGCCAUUAUGCCCAUCUCAGAGCUCCAAGGACGCUGGGCCACUCAAGUAUUUAAAGGGCUAAAGACAUUGCCCUCACAAAGUGAAAUGACAACAGAUAUAGCUAAGGCUCAAGAGGAAAUGGCAAAAAGGUAUGUGGAGAGCCAACGUCAUACCAUUCAAGGAGACUAUAUAGAUACGAUGGAAGAGCUUGCUGAUCUGGUGGGCGUCAGGCCUAAUCUGCUGUCUCUGGCCUUCACUGACCCCAAACUGGCAUUACAGUUAUUCGUGGGACCAUGUACUCCAAUCCAGUAUCGUCUACAGGGCCCAGGAAAGUGGGAUGGAGCUCGAAAAGCUAUCCUCACCACAAAAGAUCGUAUCAGGAAGCCUAUGAUGACAAGAGUAAUUGAAAGCAAAAGUUCCACCACUUCGACAAUAACAAUGGCCAGGUUUAUGCUGGCUGUUGUUUUCUUUGCUAUGAUUAUCACCUAUUUUUAGCUGUUCCAUUGUCAUUGCCCUAGUUUUCUUUGGGAAGCUGGAUUUAGAGAUGCCUUCAGAAUCUGAUGAGAUUGAACAACUCUCAGCUUCACAUUGCUUAGAAAUCUAUUUUUUGUCUUUCUAAAGCAUUAAUCCUCUUUCCUCUUUUCCCUACAGUGAAAUCCCAGCUUUUCAUUCAUAUUGGCUUACCUUCCUUCCUCUAAUGACUUAUCACGUUUUCCUUAAAGCAAUCCCUGGACUGUGAGCUCAGGUACCCAUUCAGUCAUCUUUGUAUGUCCUUAGCAGAGUUCUUGACCUGUGGUAGGUGCUUAAUAAAUGUUGACUGUCAUUUACCAAAUAUUAUGGUGGGGAGCAUAAGUCAAUAUCUGUAUAAGAAAUGGGUGAUUCCAUGUAACUCUGCUUCUGAUAGCAUUUGGUUUUCUAUUAGAAGCCCAAUCUUUUGUUUGUUUUUAAUAUUCUAACUAAAUGUAUGUUUCCUGAGAAGUAAGAGAAAAAAAUGGUCUUAUAACAGUUGUAUGCAUCUAAGAUAAGAUAUGUAGAUACUUAAACAUUUUGUUUCACUAGUGUAUCUAAGACCACGUCACUUUUACUCUUUUCCCCUAAGCAACACAUCUUUAUUUUCUCAGUGAAGAAACUAC